ACAGGGCGUGCUACUUCCAGCAAGGCUCGUGAUUCCUGCAGGUCACGGGAUUCAGCAGAAAAAGCAGGUUGUAUGGGGGUCUUCUGCUUGGCCUCCCUAACGUAUGAUGUUAAUGUUUGGCUACUAGAAUAACAUCAAAACAACCAUGGGGUCGUUGUUCCGCAGUGAAGAGAUGGCACUAUGCCAGCUCUUCCUUCAGAGUGAAUCGGCAUACACUUGCGUCUCCGAACUUGGAGAGCUCGGACUGGUGCAGUUCAGAGAUCUCAACCCAGAUGUGAAUGCAUUUCAACGCAAGUUCGUAAAUGAAGUCCGCCGCUGCGAUGAGAUGGAGAGGAAGCUCCGCUAUUUGGAGAGGGAGAUCCGUAAGGAUGGGAUUCCAGUGCUGGACACUGGGGAGAACCCUGAGGCUCCGAUGCCCAGGGAGAUGAUUGAUUUAGAGGCGACAUUUGAGAAACUUGAGAAUGAGCUGAAGGAAGUGAACAGCAAUGCCGAAGCUCUCAAGAGGAAUUACCUGGAGCUGACGGAACUGAAGCACAUCCUGAAGAAGACCCAAGUUUUCUUCGACGAGGCCAUGUACCCCCCAAAUCUACCUUACGACCAAGAUGUCUAUUUUGACGAUGAUGAGCGUGUUAACCUGCUGACCGACACGUCGCUCCACCAACUCAAACAUAUUGGGUUUGUGGCCGGUGUGAUCCUGCGUGAGAGGAUCCCCGCCUUUGAAAGGAUGCUGUGGCGCGCUUGCAGAGGCAACGUGUUCCUCAGGCAGGCGGAGAUCAAUGACCCACUCGAGGAUCCGGCUACAGGAGAGCAAGUGUACAAGUCGGUAUUCAUCAUCUUCUUCCAAGGUGAUCAGCUGAAGAUGAGAGUCAAGAAGAUUUGCGAAGGUUUCCGCGCCACCAUGUACCCGUGCCCAGAGGCUCCAGCUGAUCGGCGUGAAAUGGCCAUGGGAGUGAAGACGCGUCUGGAUGACCUUAGCACUGUGCUGAGCCAGACCCAAGAUCACCGUCACCGUGUGUUGGUGUCUGCUGCGCGUAACAUCCGUGCAUGGAUGAUGAAGGUGUGGAAGAUCAAGAGCAUUUACCACACACUCAAUAUGUUCAACCUGGAUGUUAUCCAGAAUGGCUUGAUCGCUGAAUGCUGGAUUCCAGUAGCCAACCUGGAAGAUGUGCAGCUAGCCCUGCGACGCGGAACUGAAAAGAGUGGAAGCUUGCCAGCAAUUUUGAACCGGCUCAGCACUCAUGAAGCGCCUCCAACUUUUCACCGAACAAACAAAUUUACAAAGGCUUUCCAGGCUCUGAUUGAUGCAUAUGGAGUUGCAACUUACCGUGAAAUCAAUCCUGCACCAUACACCAUCAUCACCUUCCCCUUCCUCUUUGCCAUCAUGUUUGGCGAUGUGGGUCAUGGCAUAAUCAUGGCCCUUUUCGGUGGCUGGAUGGUAUGGAGGGAGAAACCUCUCUCUGCCAAGAAGACUGACAAUGAGAUUUGGAAUAUUUUCUUUGGUGGAAGGUAUAUCAUCCUAUUAAUGGGUAUGUUCUCCAUGUACACGGGCCUGAUUUACAACGACAUCUUCUCCAAAGCCUUGAACAUAUUUGGGACAUCAUGGCAUGGCAAAUACAAUGAGAGCACCCUGUUAACCAACAAGGAGCUGAUCCUUGACCCUGGCAGUUCGGAUCAGUAUGACCAGUACCCAUACCCCUUUGGCCUGGAUCCCAUUUGGCAGAUUGCUCUCAACAAGAUCAAUUUCUAUAACUCCUAUAAAAUGAAGAUUUCCAUCAUUUUUGGCAUCAUCCACAUGCUCUUUGGUGUCGUUCUUAGUGUAUGGAACCACAGGUUCUUCAACAGGCCCAUGAACAUCUACUGUGAGUUCAUCCCCCAGAUAAUUUUCCUGACCUGUUUGUUUGGGUACUUAGUUCUUCUGGUGUUCCACAAGUGGGUAUGGUAUGGGGCUGGUGGUGCAGAAAGUGUUUCUCCCAACUGUGCACCUUCCAUCCUCAUUACCUUCAUUAACAUGGUCUUGAUGAAGGGUUAUCAGUCGACACCAGAUACCGACCCGUGCUCACCUUAUAUGUAUGCUGGGCAGUUUGGAUUCCAGCGAUUCCUCGUUUGCAUUGGGCUGAUAUGUGUACCAUGGAUGCUCCUUGCUAAACCUUUCAUACUUCACCGCAACAACAAGCGCAAGCAGAUGAUGUCACAAGCUAAUGGAGGAGAGGGUGUCAUUGAAGAAGGUGGUGGUGAGGCUGCAGCUGCUGCAGCUGCAGAGGAAGUGCAUGACAUGGGUGAGAUCAUGAUCCAUCAGGGCAUCCACACCAUUGAGUAUGUCCUUGGCUCCGUGUCUCACACUGCCUCGUACCUGCGACUCUGGGCCCUGUCGCUUGCCCAUGCUCAACUGAGUGAGGUGCUGUGGCAGAUGGUUCUCCGUGUUGGACUAACAGCUGGUGGUACAGGCGGGGUUGGUGGCAUUGUCACUUACUUCAUCUUCGCAGCUUGGGCAUCCCUCACUAUUGCCAUUCUUGUGCUCAUGGAGGGGCUCUCUGCCUUCUUGCAUACUCUUCGACUGCAUUGGGUGGAGUUCCAGAGCAAGUUUUACGGAGGUGGUGGCUACGCCUUCGUGCCAUUUGCCUUUGAAACAAUCCUGGAACAUGCAGAAACAGCUGUUACGGAGUGAUGGCCUAAGGAAAAAUCAAAGAAAAGAAAGAAGUUGGUAUUGAACAAGUAUUAGUAUUACUGAUUGCAUUAUCAUUUUUAUCAUUUAAAAGAAGUUGAAAUGUAGGUGUUCUAGAGGUUCUCAAAAAUAUUGGUAUCAUCCACAGUGUUCAGCAGUAGACUUUAUGUAUUAAAUGUGCUUUAUUUUUUAUUUAUUCAUUUAUUCUUUAAAUCAUAGAUUUAAAAUUUAAAAUCCUGCAUUUAUAAUACCAUUGUCUUUGCUAAGAAGAGAUUGGUAAAGUUAGGAAAGCAGUAAUUAUUAUUUUUUUUUAAUCUACCAUCAAAACCAGCUGAGUUUUAAAAACCAAUAGCAAUGACUAAGCUUUGUGUACUCAGAAGAAUCAUGAAAAUCUAAUGUUAUUCUGAUCUUUAGAUUAUAUAUGGAUAUAUAUAAAUAUAUAUAUUGAUGUUAUAUUGCAUUCAAGAAUAUAAUGGCCAUUUAAUCAGUGUAUUGAACAAUUAAUAUUCUACAAAAUUGUAAAAUAAGGCUGUAAGGAUUUUUUGGCAUGGCUUAUUAAAAAAUCUUCAACAAAGCACAUUGUAUAUGAUAAAAAAACAAAGAUAUCUAGCUUUGCAGUUAGUAUGAAAGUGCUGGGAAGAAGUAUGUUAAUUUUCAUUGUUCAGUGAUAACCCCCACUUUUUUUUAUUUUAUUAUUAACUACCAGAGAUUG